AUGGCGCUCUUGACUUCCUUCGGCAGUGUCACGCGACGCGGGGCUGCUGUGUUGGUGGCCUCAGGCACAGCAUUGCAGCUGCCAUGCUGUGUGCGUUCGUCUGCUGCUCCAUGGCGGAGCUGUGCAUUUACACCCCGCAGAGCUAACAGCAGCAGCCUCAGCAGCGCUAACCAGAGCGGCAAUCCUAUCGACAGUGUGCGUCUGCUGAAGGACGAAGUCGUGUACAAGGGAUGGAGGACGGUGAAGCGCCGAACCGUCAGCUUCCCCGAUGGGUCUGUUCAUGAAUUCGAUGUAACCGAUGCACCGCCAGCAGUGUUAUGCCUUCCCUACAAUUCGAAGACAAAGACAUUUACGCUUCUUAGGGAAUACUGUCCAGGCCCGCACUGCGGGAUGUUUUGCGUUGUUGCGGGGCUCUUGGAGCCACGACACCAAAGCGUUGAGCAUUGCGUUGCAUGUGAAACAGAAGAGGAAGCUGGGGUGCGUGGAGGCCGUUUGGUGCCGAUAAUGGAAAACGCAAACUUGCAGCUGCCCGGCGCGAAGUAUACUGCCCAGCCCUUCCUCCCAUUCCUCGUCAUCGAUGGCCAAAAGGUGUCCUCGGAUCGUCUUGCGGCAGACGCUGACGAGCUGAUUGAAACUCACGAAGCAUCUACUUCAGAAGCUCUGGAUAUCGUGUAUAAGGGGCAAAUGACUAGCACCGGCAGCAUGAUGGUUCUACUAGGCAUUCACAAGCUCAGGCAAAUGGGGCUUCUCUAA